AUGCCCGAUGCACUCAUGCCUGGUUUAAGAAUGCGUCACGAACUGAAAAAGUCCCAGAAUACUCCCGACAGUUUUGAACAUGGUCAAAACUGUCGGGUGCCUAUCCAGACGUUCCAGGGUCUCACAUUCGGGGCAAACAUCAUUGAAAUGAAUUUUCUCAAGGGUCCGAUAUUGAAUGUGGCUGUUAUUUUGUGUUGUGCAAUAUUAACGUCCAUCAGUGCACACAGACGACGGGGUGAUGGCACUAGUGCAACGCAGCUAAAUCCACCACCACAAAUUGUACAGGCGGCAGAAAACAUAUGGGUCGCUGUCGGGUAUGCACUUGGCAAUUCCAUCAUGAUAGAAGGCAAGGGUGGCGUCGUCAUCGUGGACACCACAGAGACGAUAGAUUCGGCACAGACCAUUCUUGCUGAGUUCAGAAACAUCACCAGCAAGCCCAUCAAGGCUAUUAUCUACACGCAUAACCACAUGGACCACACAUUUGGAGCUAAGGGUUUCGUUGAAGACCCGAGCAAUCCCCCGGACAUAUAUGCCCACAGUAAACUGGUGGAACAGCUACAAAGAGUGUUCUUUAUAAACCCCAUCUGGAGUCAGAGAUCCGCUCGACAGUUCGGGAUCUACCUACCAGAAGGAGAUCUUAAGUUUGGAAAUCCUGGUUUUAUUUAUCCAAAUAAGAUAUUCUCAGAAGACGAAAAAGACAUUAAUGUCGCAGGUAUUCAAAUGACCAUGAUACUCAUGCCCGGAGAAACGAAAGACAUGAUUGGUCUGUGGCUAGAGAAAGAAAAAAUAUUUCUACCCGGCGAUAAUCUGUACCGCGCUUUCCCAAAUUUGUAUUCUAUCCGCGGAACGCCAACAAGAUCUACUUUAACAUGGGUCUCGUCAAUUGACAAGGUUCUAGAACUGGAACCGAACCUACUCAUCCCCAGCCACAUGAUGCCAAUUCAUGGGUGGACAGACAUCAGUUCGACCCUAACAGCUUACAGGGAUGCUAUACAGUUCGUGCAUGAUCAGACGGUUAGGUACAUGAAUCAAGGGCUACUUCCAGACGAGAUUGCAGACGUCAUUGAAAUGCCAGCACAGCUAGCGUCACAUCCGUACCUUGAAGAAAGAUACGGAACACUACACUGGUCAGUUAAAGGUGUCUUUGACGCUUACAUGGGCUGGUUCAGUGGUGACCCUGUUGAACUUUCACCUUUGACACCUGAUGAAAAAGCUAAGAAAUUGGUUGAUUUUGGGGGUGGUGUGGCGAACACAGUUAAAAAAGCUGAAGACGCCGCAAUAAACCGGGACUACCAGUGGGCCCUAGAACUUAGCUCCAGUGCAUUGCGGGUUAAGCCUAGACAUUCUCGAGCUCUCGCCGUGAAAGCUGAUGCUCUGAUGAUGAUGGCGGAAACACAAACCAGCGUUAAUGGAAUAUUGUAUUACAAGUCCUGUGCAGCAGAGACCUUGGGUGCAAUUGAUACCAAAUCUUCACCAAAUACUAUCAAAACAUUUGCAACCAUAUCACACUCGUUGCGCAAGUGCGACUCGUGA